UCGUGUGAAUUAAUUACAAGUUUUACGACACGAAAGAGUAUGAAUUUUUAUUACUUAUAUGUGGCACGACGUCCAUACGGAAUUUCAGCAAUUUCCGUCCAUCCAUUGUCUAUUUCGAAAAUUCGUGCGCAGGUCGUCUUGUUCAGCUGACGCAGAAUACACGUGUUGGGUUGAGUUGGGUUAGGUUAGGUUAGGUUAGGUUAAUGGGGCAUCUGCGCAGAAGUUGAUGCGCAGUGGCGUGAUGCAGAUUGUCUAUGUUAAGGCCUCGUAUGAGUUCCAUUAUCGAUUGCGGGAAAUUAAACACUGAAAUAUUUCAAUUUUCUUAAAUUAUGGAACAAUCUUGUGUUUGAGUCAGUACCAUGGCUUUAUACUUCAAAGAUUUUACAUUGGUUACCUACUUGUGGACCUCGCAAUACAGUUGGCUCACGUCACUUAUGCAUGUUUUUACGCAAUUGUGGUUGUUGAAUUGUAUUUUGUGGUCUUCUUACGCUUAAAUAUUAUUAAUACACAUGCCAAAAUUUAAUUUAAAAUAUAUCGAGUGCAUAACUGCUCUGUUGAUAUAGUCGGAUAUUGGUGAUGGUGACCGAUUACGCGUUUCUUCCACCUCGCGACUUUGAUGCCUUCGUGUGAAUUAAUUACACUUUUUGCGACACGAAAGAGUAUGAAUUUCUAUUUCUUACCUGUGGCACGACGUCCAUACAGAAUUUCAUCAAUUUCCGACUAUCCAUUGUCUAUUUCGAAAAUUCGUGCGCGGGUCGCCAUGUUCAGCUGAUGCAGAAUACCGUCCGUUAAAAUUUAUUUCGAAAAAUUAAACACUGAAUAAUUUGAAGUCGAAUUGAAUUAGUGUGUUGUUUUAUUUAUAUUGGUGUCCAACACGAAUGUUUAGUUAAUGUGACCUUGACUCUGAUUAAGGCUCUGUGUAUUGAUUUUUUUUAAUCUAACCCAUAUUUUGUGUGUUGUAAUUUCGAUUGUUCGUCAUUCAAAAGGUGUCAAAUACAUUCACGUUUUCCAGCAGUAUAUAAUGUUGAUUUACCGUAGAUGCAUCAAUUAACCUGUUACCAACUGGCAGGGAUGAAAACUUUAUAAUUCAGUCCAAGAAAUCGCCAAAUAUGACGUUCAGUUAGUCACAUUUGUUAUCGGCAAACAACUUAGUUCUGUUGACGGCAGACGUUCUUGUAAUACUUACAAACGCAUUAGACCGUGAAGUUUGCUUGAAGUGGUUUUCCGGGUGUGAAACCUGAUAUAUGUUUCAGUGUGUCGUGGCUGAGACUGCAAUGCGGCAUUUUCGAGCCGACCUUUACAGUCGCUCAUGUGCUAAGUGGUAUCACCGUUGUUAUAGACGGUUUGGUACCUUCCAUUUGAUUUGAGUUGACUGUAAUUUGUAUGGGUUCGUAACGACCUUGGGUUUUAGUGCUAACUGUCGUUUCUAUCCGUAAAAGAUAAGCAAAACUUGUAAAGUAAGUGACCCUACAGACUGCCAUAUCCUAAGGGAGACACGUUUUACCUUUUUGCGAAUGUGGGGUCCUUUGUUCCAUCGGUUAAGUUAGUUCGGCCCGUAGGUUGACUGCUGCGCCGGCUUUAAACCGCGAUUUAUUAUUUCAUGCUGAUCCUGUAGUGGAGAAACAGUUAUGGAUACAGAGGUGAGUUGUCUUUUAUUCCAUUGCUCUAAUAACUAGUGGUGAUAAGUAUAAAUUUUGAAGUUCCUCAUCAUGUAGUUUUUUUCCAUCCUUCUUUGUUUGAAAUUAAGCUUCACUUACACAGUAUAGUAACGACUUUAAAGUUCUGUCCCGCCAUCAGACACCAUCUCAAGAUGGUUUCACACACACGAUUGCAUACUCGAACAUUCUCUCUGAUAUUUAUGUUAAUAUUAUUUAGUGAUCUCCUUGGUGUUCCAAUUGUACAAUUACCGGAGGACAUACUUCAUCCUUAGGUUUGGAUGUUUUAUUGAACAUAAUUGAAAGUAAUUUUUCUGUUGUGUUGUAUGUACAUACUCCCAGCAGAUGUUAGGUGGUUCUGGUCACAAGAAACCAAAAUAUUAUCAUUUUUACAGUUUUUUCUUUCUUUUUUCUUUUUUUCUUUUUUCUUUUUUCCCGCCUACGAACUAAGCCGCUUGAGACAAUCCUCUAAGUUGAAAAGGAUCUAAGAUGGCAGUCUUAUAUGUAUGUUUUUUCUUCUUGUUGCCCUCAUUUGAAUUAUUAUGUUUUGUUGUGGCUAUCAUUCCAGUUUUGUGUUUUCAAGGAACUGACUCUUCAGUAUUCACCCAGCUUCUGGUCACAGCGAUUCCAGGACCCUGCAGCUGUGAUAGCAAAUCACAUACAACUCAUCACUGCAGCCAGUGAUGCUGCAAGGAAGGAAGUACCAGUUGAAUGUGGUGUGAAGUAUGGGCCAAAGGAAGGACAAAUUCUGGAUCUGUUUGGAGGGAAGUCACUGCCACAUGAUGCCCCCAUAUUGGUAUACAUACAUGGCGGCUAUUGGCAAGAACUAAGCCGCGACAUAUCAGCAUACUGUGUGGUACCUCAGUACCAGUCUGGGAUCAGAGUCAUCAUUUUGGGAUAUGACCUUGCACCAAGAGUGAAGUUGAGUGAGAUUGUAGAAGAAAUCAAAGAAGCAGCAGAAUACAUUCUCAAUAUGGCUGCCAAAUUUGGAACAAGAUCUCUUUGGUUUUGUGGUCACUCUGCAGGGGCACAGUUGGUAGCUAUGCUUCUGUUUUCCAAGUGGUUAGACCAGUUGGAUGACAGUGUAUUCAGGCUUCUUAAAGGCUUUGUGCUAAUCAGUGGGGUGUAUGACUUAACACCACUUGUCAGCACAUAUAUCAAUAAUUCCCUCAAACUGUCCAGUCAGGAAGCCAGGUCACUCAGUCCCCUGCUACUUGACAUUACCUCUCCAGCUGUGACAAAACUGAGGAUCCUGGUUGCUGUGGGUGACCAUGACUCUCCAGAGUUCCAGCGACAGAGCUAUGAGUUUGCCGAGAAACUCAGACAACACAGUCAGCAGGUGGAAUACAUGACUGUGGCUGGUGUGGAUCAUUUUGACAUUGUGGAAAAUCUCCAGCAAAAAGAUUUUAUCUUGACCAAGAUAAUAGGAGUACUUAUGACAGGAUGAUCAGGGUCACUGUAGCCAUGGUAUAACAAGUGUCUUACUGGGCAGUGCUUACAGCAGUGGAACCCUGUGUCAUACAUCAGUUGGAAUAGAGGACAAGAGCAUGGUGCAGCCAGGCAUGUCACAUACUUUAUGAGUACAAGUCAACUGUGCUCUCAGUCAUGUCAGUAUAUCUGACUUGCAGGUAAUGAUUAUACAAAUAAAAAUUUGAUAUUGAUAACGUGCAUUGAGGAAGUUGUGAGUUUGUUACCUAAAUAGUGCCUUGUGAUUGUCAAGUAUCUCUUGGCUUGUGUUCAUUCUCUGCUGUAUGAUUGAGAUCUAAUUGAACUUUUAUUGUCAGCUUGGGGUAUACUAGCGUAAUGAUAUUAAAAAUAUUAGGGAUGUGUUGCCUUCCUCAUUGCAGUAUCACGGCCAGUUAAAUUAGAAUGUGAUUACCGUCCGUGAGUAUCUGGUAACCAGCCUUUAGAGAAGUCAUUCUUCAAUAGCCUUGCCCAGUAAUGAUAUAGCUGCUGCCCUAUGCCAGAAAAUAUUGUAUACACUAAUGAUUUAAAAUAAUAAUGUUUUACUGGCAUUGAUUAGCUAAUGUGGUUGCUUCCCUGGAAAAUAUUUGCUAAGUAAUAUGAUGUUAACUGAUCUGAUAUUUCCAUAAAAAGUAAUUAGCUGAGAUUCAUUCUGCCACCCCAAUACCUUGUUAUGAAAAACUCUUAACAGAUGUGAAUUAUAAUGCACUUUAAUGAGGAAAAUAAUAUCAAAUUGUUAAGGAAAUGAGUGUAGAUAUAGGUUUAGUAACAAAAUAUACAUUAAAAUAAUAAAAGUUCUUAAUAUUUGUAUUAUAGUUUUUGGUAUAAUACUGCAUUGCUGGAAUUAGUUCCUCCACAUCCGAAAAGCGCAUAAUUCAAACAAUUCAUGUUGGUGAUUGUGGUUUUCAGAACUCAGAAGACCACAACUGACAUUUUAACCAUCAUGAUAUACUAAAAUCUCAGACAAGUCAAGGUGAUAUUACAAUUUUUUUAAACAAUGUUAUAUGGAUCAAAUAAUGUUAAAGUGAUAAUAGUCCAUAAUAUACCAGUGAUGUUAACAUUGUAACAGUUUUCAUUUUUAUUGACAUUAAGUGAUCAUUGCCACUAUUUGGUUGUUGUUUGGUACUGCAUGACAGGCUUGUAAUUUAUUCUUGUCAUGUGUGCUUGCCUCAUAUAUUUUGACUUUUGCAGUUUUGCCAUUUUUAAUCUCAUGUGGAUUAGUUGAGCUCUGAGCUAAAGUAACUUUAAGCUACUACUGUAUUUACUCACAUAGUUGCUUCCACCACUUAUGGUCCAAUGUGAUAUUUUGGAGGAAAUAAAAAUUGUUUUUUGUUCUACAUA